AAACGUCGCCGGCAGUUUAUUUGCCGCCGCCGACAGACGACGACGACUAGGCACUUCCGUCGAUACCGACUUAUCUAGUUGCGCAGCGGCCGUUUCGGUUCAGUCGAAAUUUCCAGUGCCGGCCGUCUCUUCCUAUCACCAGUCGCGAGACUCAUCUACGAAAGAUCCGCUGCCUCUUCCCGUCUCUUCAGUCUCGUGUGUGAAGCCGAGUACUUGGCGAAUCUCAUCAGCUGCCUUCUUCUUCUUCUUCUUCUUCUUCUCCUUUUUUAUUUCUCUCUUUUUCUGCCUGUCCUCCUGUCGACUCUCGAUCCUCGUUGGCUAUCAGGAUCUCUUAAAGUAGAUUCCACAGGCGUCUACUGCAGCAACAUGACGAUCACGGUGACCAACUUGGACCUGGAGAAGACAUCGGUGGCGCGCUGCGCCCGACGUAGUCCUUUCCGCAGCUGGCCCGCCUGGUUGUACUUCGGGGUGUUCCUCGUGAGCUUCGGCACCUUCUACAUCUUCUGGUACACCAACUACCUGCAGGACUACGUGUAUUCGCAGCUACAGCUACGCAACGGUAGCUACGCCAUGUCUAUGUGGCAGAACCCUCCCAUGAAGAUAUACUUCAAGGUUCACGUGUUCAACUACACCAACACGGAGGACUUCUUGGCUUACCGGGCGGACAAGUUGCGCGUCGAAGAGGUCGGGCCGUACAUAUACUUAGAGACGAAGAAUCGCGUGAACGUGGAGGUCGGCGAGGACACGAUAACCUACCAAGACAGCAAGUCCUACGAGUGGGUAGGCGGCAGAUCCGAGAUUGACGACAAAAUCGUCGUGCCGAACAUGAUGAUGAUAUUGACCAGCUCGUACGUCCAUAAACUGCCCUUCGUCACCCGGCUGAGUCUCGCCGCGCUGUCGACGUCCCUCAACCAGCGGCCGUUCCUUCACCUCAACACCGCCGACUACUUCUGGGGAUACGACGACUCUCUCUUUGACAUAAUGAAGCCGUUCGUGAAUUUCCAGCAGGAUACGCAGAUGGAGAAGUUUGGGUUAUUUGUUACGAAACAAGGCAUAAACAGCAAUCGCAUCACGAUAAACAGCGGGACGAAGGACAUGAAGAAGCUUGGUAGGUACGAGCAGAUCAACGGCCAUACCAGCAAUAAUAUUUGGGGCGACAAGCGAUGCAACAAGAUCGAAGGCACCGACGGCACCUUCUUCUCGCCCUAUUUGCUAAACAACAGAAACAACACCCUGGAAAUGUACUCCAGCGAGAUGUGCAAGAGCAUAUCCUACGAGUUUACCGAGCCCGUGACCCACCAUAACAUACUCACCUGGAGGUAUAAACUAUCACCGAACACGUUUGAAUUCACGAAAGAGCAGAGCAAGUGCUACUGCCAGAAGGAAGGCACCUCGAGAUCCUGCCCGCGUCGCGGACUCUUCGACACUACCAGGUGCUCCAAUAUGCCUAUACUGUUAUCCCAUCCGCAUUUCUUCAGGGCCGAGGAGUCCCUGAUGGAGAAAUUAGACGGCUUGCAUCCCCGCGCGGAGGAACACGAUAGCUACAUAGAUGUGCAUCCGGACAUCGCCAUUCCCAUGGCCGGCUGGAUGAAGCUUCAGAUAAACGUGGAGGUGCGGAAAGGGCCGGGUCAGCCUCAGCUGGGCAGACUCCAAAAUGGCAUGAUCCUCCCUCUCCUUUGGAUAGACGUAGGAGUGGACGACACCGACUUUCCGCAGAACGUAUUGAAUAUGUUUUACAUGGUGACCUUCACCCUGCACGUCAUCGAGGCGGCCGUGCAGUGGAGCAGCCUGGUAGGCAUGGUCCUCUCCAUAGGCGCGCUGCUCGUCUGCUUCAAGAAGCACCGCAUGGAACAUCCGGACGUGGGUCUCCAGAUGAACUCGUUCAAUUCACACCAGCUGCUCGAAAGCUAAUCGUCGGCAGAGCUCGUCGGAAGGAAGGCGGGAAAAGGGGGAGGAAGGAACCGAACGAGACGGGAGACCGCUCGUUUCAGAAGGAGAGACGCUGAAGACUUGUCCCAAGACUCCUUCAGCAGCAGGGUUCGCGAAUUCCCCCUUAAGAGCGGAAACGUGAAAAGUGAACGGUCUCGUGCGAAUCCGACGCGAUCGUGUAACUUUGUCGAAGAAGCAUGGAGGUGUGGAGAGUCUUUGACGUUUCCACUUCUGGGGAAAAACCGCGCGAUCGCCGCUCUGGGCAGCGGUCGUGUGUGACUUUUCCCUGAGAACGGGAAAGUGCAAAGUUUCACGGCGGCUAAAUUCUGCCGAACUGCGGAGUCGCGAAGUUUUCCAUUCCUCGCGUGUUCAGCCUAGGGGAAAAGUUGCGCGGUCGGUGAGCUCGGUCGAGAGCAGCGAAUUCGGGACGCUUUUGCGUGGAGCUUGCGUCGCGCGAUUCGAAGGCAACGCGCAGCUGGGCCGGCUGGCACACACGAAGAGACUCGGUCGUAUAACAA